CUGGGUAACACGAUGCCAGCUGAGCGCAAAAAGCCAGCAAAUAUGGAAGAAAAAGAGUCUCAGAUAAAUAACAAAGAAAAGGAAUUUAGCGAGAGGCGACCAGUGAGCACCAGGGAGAAGCCAAAAGAGGAUGUUAAGGUUGGCAUGAAGAGAGAGACUUUAAAGGUUCCCGAAGAUAAAAAGAAGAAAAUGGAAGAGGAUAAAAGAAAGAAGGAAGACAAGGAGCGGAAGAAAAAAGAAGAGGAUAAAGUAAAGGCAGAAGAGGAGCAAAAGAAGAAGGAAGAAGAGGAAAAAAAGAAACUUGAAGAAGAGGAGAAAAAGAAACAAGAGGAGGAAGAGAAAAAGAAACAAGAAGAAGCAGCUGCUCAACUGAAGGAAAAAGAGGAAGCACAUCAGCUGCAUCAGGAGGCUUGGGAGCGGCACCAGGCAAGGAAAGAGCUCCGCAGCAAAAACCAGAGCGCGCCGGACAACCGCCCCGAGGAAAACUUCUUCAGCAGGCUGGACUCCAGUCUAAAGAAGAACACAGCUUUUGUGAAGAAGCUAAAAACCAUCACAGAGCAACAAAGGGACUCCUUGUCCCAUGACUUUAACAGCCUGAAUUUAAGCAAGUACAUUGCAGAAGCAGUAGCUUCCAUUGUGGAGGCCAAGCUGAAAAUAUCGGAUGUGAACUGUGCCGUGCACUUGUGUUCCCUCUUCCACCAGCGAUAUGCUGAUUUCGCUCCUUCCUUACUCCAGGCUUGGAAAAAACAUUUUGAAGCCAGGAAAGAGGAGAAGACUCCCAACAUUACCAAGUUAAGGACUGAUCUGCGUUUUAUUGCAGAGUUGACAAUAGUUGGGAUUUUCACAGACAAGGAAGGUCUGUCUUUAAUCUAUGAGCAGCUUAAAAAUAUUAUUAAUGCCGAUCGAGAGUCCCACACUCAUGUUUCUGUGGUUAUCAGCUUUUGUCGGCACUGUGGAGAUGACAUUGCUGGUUUGGUACCAAGGAAAGUAAAAACUGUUGCAGAGAAGUUUAACUUGAGCUUUCCUCCUAGUGAAAUAAUUAGCCCAGAGAAACAACAGCCCUUCCAGAAUCUGUUGAAGGAAUACUUUACAUCUCUGACGAAACACCUGAAAAGGGACCACAGGGAGCUGCAAAAUAUUGAAAGACAAAACAGACGCAUCCUGCACUCCAAAGGAGAACUCAGCGAGGAUCGGCACAAGCAAUAUGAGGAAUUUGCAAUGUCCUAUCAGAAGCUGUUGGCAAAUUCUCAGUCUCUGGCUGAUCUUUUGGAUGAAAACAUGCCUGAUCUUCCCCAGGAGAAACCAACACCCGAGGAACAUGGACCUGGUAUUGAUAUCUUCACACCAGGAAAGCCUGGAGAAUAUGACCUGGAAGGAGGUAUCUGGGAAGAUGAAGAUGCUAGAAACUUCUAUGAGAAUCUCAUCGACUUGAAGGCUUUUGUGCCAGCAAUUUUGUUUAAAGAUAAUGAAAGAUGUUCCCAGAGCAAGGAUUCCAGCAAAGAUGAAUCAAGAGAUUCAAAAGAUGCCAAAGAUAAUAAGGAGGUACCUGGGAGUGAGGAUCUGGAGUUGGAGCUGGAGAACCUGGAUAUUAAUGAUGAUCCACUGGAGUUAGACUGUGGGGAUGAGGCAGAAGAUCUUACAAAGAAGCUUCUUGAUGAGCAAGAACAAGAGGAUGAAGAAGCCAGUACUGGAUCUCAUCUAAAACUGAUAGUAGAUGCUUUUCUUCAGCAGCUUCCAAAUUGUGUCAACAGAGACCUCAUAGACAAGGCAGCAAUGGAUUUUUGCAUGAAUAUGAACACAAAAGCCAACAGAAGAAAACUGGUACGAGCACUUUUCAUAGUUCCUAGACAAAGGUUGGAUUUGCUACCAUUUUAUGCAAGACUGGUUGCCACGUUGCAUCCCUGUAUGUCUGAUGUGGCAGAGGAUCUCUGUUCCAUGCUGAAAGGGGAUUUCAGGUUUCAUGUAAGAAAAAAGGACCAGAUCAACAUCGAAACAAAGAAUAAAACCGUGAGGUUUAUUGGUGAGCUUACCAAGUUUAAGAUGUUCUCCAAAAAUGAUACUCUGCACUGCUUAAAGAUGCUUCUGUCAGACUUCUCUCAUCACCAUAUUGAAAUGGCAUGUACCCUGCUGGAAACCUGUGGAAGAUUCCUCUUUAGAUCACCAGAAUCUCACCUAAGAACCAGUGUUCUUUUGGAACAAAUGAUGAGGAAAAAACAAGCAAUGCAUCUUGAUGCACGCUAUGUUACAAUGGUAGAAAAUGCCUAUUACUACUGUAAUCCCCCUCCAGCUGAAAAAACUGUGAAGAAAAAACGUCCUCCUUUGCAGGAAUACAUCCGUAAGCUUCUUUACAAGGACCUCUCCAAGGUCACCACAGAGAAGGUCCUGAGACAGAUGCGCAAGCUGCCUUGGCAGGAUGCAGAAGUAAAAGACUAUGUUAUUUGCUGUAUGAUCAACAUCUGGAAUGUCAAAUAUAAUAGUAUUCACUGUGUAGCCAACCUCUUAGCAGGGUUGGUCCUUUACCAGGAAGAUGUCGGAAUUCAUGUUGUGGAUGGAGUGCUGGAGGAUAUUCGACUAGGAAUGGAGGUUAAUCAACCAAAGUUUAACCAACGGCGGAUCAGUAGUGCCAAGUUCUUGGGGGAACUGUACAACUACCGAAUGGUGGAGUCAGCUGUGAUAUUUAGAACUCUCUAUUCUUUCACAUCAUUUGGUGUGAACCCUGAUGGUAGUCCUAGUCCCCUGGACCCUCCAGAACAUCUCUUCAGAAUCAGACUUGUCUGUACUAUCCUCGAUACAUGUGGGCAAUAUUUUGACAGAGGAUCCAGCAAGCGGAAACUCGAUUGCUUCCUUGUAUAUUUUCAGCGGUAUGUGUGGUGGAAGAAAAGCCUGGAUGUCUGGACAAAAGACCAUCCUUUUCCUAUAGACAUAGACUAUAUGAUCAGUGAUACACUGGAACUGCUGAGACCAAAGAUAAAGCUCUGCAAUUCUCUGGAAGAAGCUGUCAGACAGGUGCAGGACUUGGAACGAGAAUUCCUAAUAAAAUUAGGAAUUGUGAAUGACAAAGAUUCCAAAGAUUCCAUCAAUGAAGGAGAGAAUCUGGAAGAGGAUGAAGAGGAGGAAGAAGGUGGAGCAGAGACAGAGGAACAAUCUGGAAAUGAAAGUGAAGUGAAUGAGCCAGAAGAAGAGGAGGGCUCUGACAAUGAGGAAGAAGAAGGUGAAGAAGAAGAGGAAGAAAACACGGAUUAUCUUACUGACUCCAACAAGGAAAAUGAAACUGAUGAGGAGAAUACAGAAGUAAUGAUUAAAGGAGGAGGACUGAAACAUGUUCCUUGUGCAGAGGAUGAAGACUUCAUUCAGGCAUUGGAUAAAAUGAUGCUGGAAAAUCUUCAGCAACGGAGUGGGGAAUCUGUCAAAGUCCAUCAGUUGGAUGUGGCUAUUCCCCUGCAUCUCAAAAGCCAGCUGAAGAAGGGUCCUCCACUUGGAGGUGGGGAAGGAGAGUCAGAGUCUGGAGACACGAUGCCGUUUGUCAUGUUAACACGGAAAGGCAACAAGCAGCAGUUUAAGAUCCUAAACGUACCGAUGUCUUCCCAACUUGCUGCAAACCACUGGAACCAACAGCAAGCGGAACAGGAGGAGAGAAUGAGGAUGAAAAAGCUCACGUUGGACAUCAAUGAAAGGCAAGAACAAGAGGACUACCAGGAAAUGCUGCAGUCUCUGGCCCAGCGUCCUGCUCCAGCCAACACUAACCGGGAGCGACGGCCUCGGUACCAACAUCCCAAGGGAGCACCUAAUGCAGAUCUAAUCUUUAAAACCGGUGGGAGGAGACGUUGAUGCAGCAGCCAGUGUCAUUCCAUUAGGUCCUGUAUCUCUGGUGUUGUGGAGUCCUCCAGCGAUUAAACGAGAGCAGUGGACACAUCUCAGCAUGUCAGUCUAGAGCGUUCAGAACCGAAACCUGGGACAGGCUGGGGCCGUGGGGCAGCAGCAGCAGCCUCCCCUCUCCCCCCCCACCCCCCAAAAAAGCUUUUUGUUACGGAACCACGUUGAGGGUUAAUCUUCUCACAGGAGCAGAAGUAAUGAAGAGAUGGUGACCUUGGCCCGCGAGCAGCUCGGUGAGAGCAGAGACCAACCUCAAGUUCAGACGGAUUACCCUGGGACGGGAAAGGUCUUUGACAGCUCAGUGUGAGGGGAAAAUAAAGUUCUGAACUCGCUGCAAGUUAACGUCAUCUCCGCACGGAGCUGUUGGUGUUGGAUGGAUGUUCUUUGGGGGCUGCAAACCUACAGUAGAAACAUGUAGAGCAAACGGCGAAAUCCAACAGAAAACCCUGAGGAGCUGAUAACUUACCAAACACUUCUUGGCAAAGACCUUUUUGCUUAAGGAAUAGCCUUUUGCUGCCAGAUGUGCAAGAAAGGGGGUGGGGAGGGGUGAAAAACUGAAGAGCCAA